AUGAACGAAAAGGCUCAAGUCAUGCAACAGAGCCAACCAGACCAACAAGGCCAUCGAGAAAUCAUGAUAGACAUUGAUCCAACACCAUCAGCAUUGCCCUCACCUCCAUGCUAUGAAUCUACCACAUUGGAUGCCCCGCCUCCUCCAAGCUACCUGCAAUCUACCACUCGUUUAUACUACAAGAACCAACCUUACAUUUCGGAUUCUGACCAGGCCUUGUAUAGCAAUCAAGAGUACAGCGCUGAAUUGGACGAUGACAGUGACAGUUGGUCAUACAUAGCAAGAUUACCGCUUCACCAGCGUGUUAGAUACUACUUUCGAUCAUGGAUACAUACAGUGUAUGAUGGUCGGUUGAUAUUUUUUGCAUUUUUUGUCUUGGCUGCCAUUAUUGUGCUGGGUUUGGUAAUAUCCUUUAUUACGAUACCAAGUCUUUUCAAACAUUAUUAG